UGUUUGUUGAGCAAAGUUUGCUUUGAUAUCAUCUACCACUUGCUUCGAGUACUAAAACAUUUCAACAUUUUUGCGUAGUUGUUUGCGUGCCACUGUCGUGCGUGCACGCGCAACAUCGAAUAUCCGCACCACCCGCAAAGAACUUCAACGCGACUCCAUUAUCCACAAAAUGGCCGGCAUGAAUCCGCGCACCACCACCACGCUCGCGCAGCUUUUCCAGGACGGAGCAAAGAUUGCGAAGGCGGCUGCGCAGAUUCUAGACCGACCGUCGAGACAGGUACUCGGGAAGGCGAAACAAGCCGGGGUGGUUUUUCCGGCAGCGGAAUCUGCAACUGGCAGUCAUGCUGCAGGUAGUAGUUCCAGCAGCAUGUAUGAACUGCAAAAGUAUAAUCGUACUCGUAUAAAUGCAUUACAAAUUUCCUCAGCAUGAGAAAUAAGAUUUCUAAUGCGGAUUUACCUUUAGCAAAAGGAUUUGUAAUGCAUGAUUGCAAUACGAGUGCGGUACUUUUGCACAGGAUAGCAUGCCGGGUGCAGCAAUGGGAGCGAGCACGAAAAGCCUCCUGAACGACAUCGCUUCCGCAGAAAACAUAUCAAGUGCAAAUAUGUCUGGGUCUGGGAGACUACGAGAUUUGUCGUGCUAGUUCGGCAUGACUCGAGAGUCUGUGAUGCAUGGGCGCGAAGCGGUCGUCUUACCUGUCGUGCAAAAACGCAGCUUGCCAUGCGGAACGAGCAUCACAUUGGAGCGUGAAAAUUUGUCAUGCUUCGCCGUAUUGCAGUAGAAGUCUCAUUCAGUAUUUAGCAUUACAAGUUUCCAGACCCAGACAUAUUUGCAGUUGAUAAAUCGCCCACAACACCAUGGUGGAGGCGACAAAAACUGCGAACGAAUAUGACCUGCUUAAACGUUACAAUCUCAAACGUUACAAUAGAAUCUGGGUUUAUUUGUAUUGCAUGACGAGCAUGACAGACUCGGACAGCAUUCCACUUUCUGCAAUACAAGUUUCGCCAGAUUGUACUGCGGAUCGGGACUCCAGAACUUGUCAUGCGCAAUCCUAUGAGAGUUGGCUAGAUAGUGCACUUCUUGCAACACAAAUUCCAGAUUCUAUUGUAACGUUUGAGAUUGUAACACCUGAGCGGGUUAUAACGAAGCGCUAGAGGUUUUGGACGUGAAUUUACGGGUGUUGGGUCCGAACGAUCCCAAUUGGGUCAAGCUGCAGAUUCUGCCCAAAGAGGACGGCGGGGACGGCAAAACUGAUGGCGCCGCAGGCUCGGAAACUAGUACAGUCGGAGCUGACGCAAGUACGACUGCCGGCGGAUCUUCGUCCUCUUCGAGCAGUGCUAGCAGUUCCUCUUCCCCUAUCGAACGAAAAAAGUUUGUCACACUCACUAACUUGCACGGUUUUGCAUUACAAAUUUUUUUAGCAUCACAAGUUUUCCCUGUACUGCAGAAACACUAGGGAAAUCCCCUAUGGAGCCUGGUUGUGAUGCAUUUUUACGCAUGACAAAAAAUUUUGUAUUGCAAAAAUGCGCAUGAGUGAUGAUCGUGACGAACUUUUUUUGUUUGAUAUCCCCGUCCUUCUCUCGCGAAGACGCACGGAAAUUCGUCGAGCUCAUGGCGGUAUGCAAUGUAAAAGUAUCGUAGUAGUACAAAUAAUUGCAAUACAAAUUCGCUCAGCAUUUUUACAAGUCAAAUUUGUAAUGCGGACUUACCUAGAGCCACUAGAUCUGUAAUGCGCAUAACUGCAACGUAUUACGAGUUUCCGAUACUUUUGCACUGGAUAGGCGGAUGCAAAACGCGUCCGCUUAGGGGACGUUCUGCUCGAGACCUACAUCGACAACCUCCUCUCCGACGCGAAAUUCAAGCGCAUCGUCCAGCUCCCCGCGGUUUUGGAGCGGAAAAUCUAUUACGAUUUGAUUCGCACGACCCUGCAGAUUUUCGAAAUUGGCUUGCUGAAGCUCAACGGCUCGGAUUUGCUCGGGCACGAAUUGACGAUCAACCUGAAACAUUUAGAAUACGGGGAAGAUGAAGAUACGGUGAAGCCACUGCAAGCCUGGACGGUAUUGCACCAGAAACGAGUGGAACGGGUCAUGAAACGGGUGAUACGAGAGCGGGAAAGUUGUUUGAAGUACCUACCUAUCAAAUGAAAAAGUGUCUGGGUCUGGAAAGAUGCGAAGAACUUCUGAUGCAGACUUGGAUCACACAAAAAUCUGUCAUGCUUAGACGGCAAAGGGAGCUCGGCUUCUUUUCCUGUCGCCGAAAGAACGAAGGCGUUUGCCAUGCGGAUUAAGCACUCGGAAACCGUCUCAAAACCUGUGAUGCUAGGCCGUGCAUGUCACACCUUCCGUGUCAAGCAGACACAGCAUCACAAACCUCAGCAAUCUUCCAGACCCAGCCACUUUUGCAAUGCAUACUACCGAGUGCGAAGAACAGUAACGUGCCGAACUUUUUGUCGGACAUCGAAGGCGAUUUUAUCAUCACCAUAUCCCAAAUCGUCAUGCGGCUGAUGAACGAUUUAUUUUCCCCUUCCAGAAUCAAAAUCCGCAUGCUGGGGCACGUAGGCACCGCAAAAGUGUAAUAUCGUACUGCUCGUUGUACUUCUAAUGGCGAUCCCAGUCUAAUGCAUGACAGAUCUCCUACCCACCUUCUACUGGAUUGAAUCUAGCAUGACAAAAUUUUUGCGUUUUUACUCUUGAGAAAUAAGAUUUGUGAUGCGCUUUACUAUUCUACCAGCAGCAGUACGAUAUGCUACUCUUGUGAUGCAUAGCACGAGCUGAAAUGGGAGUGCGAGCCGAUGAAUCAAGACCAGAUUGAUCAAUUUUUGUCGGAAAGGAGAAGGCCGGCGGGGGAUUUGAUCAACAAGGAGUCGGUAAACAUGUUUGUGGAGGAAUUGUUAAACUAUCGCAGGAAAAUAUAACUGGUUCACUGUAAACUUGUAAUGCAAAAUGUGUAUCGCAAAAGUGCUUGUCUUGCUACACAUGCAACACAGUGGGUUUUGAGCUUGCUGUAUUUUCCCUUAGGAGCCUUGCAUGAGCAAUUUUCUUUGUUAUGUAGAGCAAACCUGUGAUGCAAAACUUGCUGCAAAGUCCUUACAGUGAAACACUUUUUUCGUACGAUAUAAACUGCGAUGACACCAACAUCGUGUGGGUGCCGGACAGUCUGGAAUCGAAAGUCUACGCGCACAUCAUGACGACUGUCGUGACGAUCCUGGAGGACGUGCUAAACAGCUCGGAAGUGAGCAUUUUGGGCUUAUUGGGAGGAAAAAUCCCCCCUCUCCAUACUGAAAAGGUAUGUUUCCGAAAAUUUGCGUUGCUGAUUUGUGGCCACAGAUCACAUUUGUCCUGCAAGAAGGCAAAUGCGGAAGCUUCCGUCCCAUUAUGAGAGCGAUUUGUCAUGCUGGUGGGCCUAAAGGGCGGCCGUUUGCAAUGCUGAACAACAAGACCCAGACGCCUCUGCCUAGGCUCGGUAUCUGGCCGCAAUGCCUUCCUGCAAUACACAAACCGCAUCUGUGUAGUACACAAAUCCAGCAUCAGAAGUUCCGUUUUGAUAUGGGGAGGGGGGAUUUUUCAUUUCGAUAGGGCUUAAAGUGGCAGUUUUCCUUGGUGAGUGCGUUGGACACGUAUCCAGGAAAAAACACCCAUCCCCAUCCAAUUUGUCAUGCAAAACAUGCAUAAAAUCCACUAUUUGUCAUGCAAAAAAUGGAUGGGGAUGGGUGUUUUUUCCUGGAUAACAUGGCCCGGAAAAAGAAGACGAUGAAGAGAAGUCUCAGCGUGAUGCGUAUUAAAUUCUUGACAGAGAUUUUUAAUAUUCUGGGUUUUGUCACGCGUAUUCUGCUGCAUUAUGAGUGUUUGUCAUCCAGAAAAGACAUAGGUGCAGAGGACUUCGACUUCAUCAACGAAACCACCACAGGCUACCACCACCAAUCUUCCAGCAUGCCGCUGAGUGAAGAAACAACGACGGUAACUACCGAAGGUUCCGGAAGAUUGCAGAGUGAAGAUGAGCCAAACAACUCGUCGUCCAGUACCAGCAUUGGCUAUCAAAUGCAAAAGCAUCGUACGUAGUAUAAAUUGCAUUUACGAUUACAAAUUAGAUCAGUAUUACAAAUUUAAUGCUGUUUUACAUUUGUCAUGCAUAUUUGCAAUUAGUACGAGUGCGAUACUUUGGCAAUGCAUGCCGGCAACACAACAACAGCAACUCAAUCGUCGACCGAGGCCAUCUCUGAAGACGACAGCAUCCCUUUUUGGCAAGCCGGGGGGAACGUCGGCACUGUCCGCGAACGGUUGAACACGCUCUACCAGGAGGCAACGGUGAUUGAAAACUUGUUGAAGGAGAAAGAAAUAUCCUGAGUAAAAACGUACCCACACCAGAGUCAGGAUGGGGAUUUUGCAACACAAACCUAGGAGUUUUGUGAGUCACGCAUGACAAGUUUCAGUCCGUAAGGUAGUGCAAGUUAGCAAGGAAAGCCGCAUCACAAGUCGACCUUCUGAUCCUGUUUACAGCAUUACAAGUUCCCAAACACGAUUGAAAAUGCCUGUCAUGGGGUUGCGCAUCACAAAUGUUCCUGUCAUGGCAAAUCUGCAUGACAACUCUGGGGUGGGGAUGUUUUUACUCAGAAUAGGAAAACGCGACAAUUUACUUACCCUAUAAAGGGUUCGCGAGCCCGCAGUCCUCCUCUACUGCGACGGGGUCCGCGGGUGAAAGUAGUCCUGCUGGAGGUGCAGCAGUAGAUGGCACAGGAACAAGUUCAUCACCAUUUGACCAAUUUUCUUCGACCGCCGGAGCUGCCUAUGCAGAUGCUGAAAUAAACCUGACAGACGGGCGAGCUUCCUCUCCUUCUUCCAGCGCCACCUCUUCCUUACCAGACCAAGCGGCAAACAAACCUUUCACGAAGAAAAAAUCCCUCUCCUCACUUAUCCAGAGGAAAAACGUGCCCAUCCCAAAGUUGUCAUGCAAAUCUGCAUCCCAAUGCCAAUCCCCAGAAAAUGAAAAUGUGUCACGCGGCUUCGCAAAACGGGCGUUUUCCAGCCGUGCUCGGUAAUCUGUCAUGCGCGAAUCAGGAUAAGAGAAUGGAUCUGUGAUGCGUCUGGGUUAUUUCCCAAGUAUAAUGCAGCACUCUACUACGUCCCCAAACUUGUCAUGCGCCAGGCCCACAGGUCGUGGAUUUGUCUAGCAGAUUUCGCAUCUUGACUAGGGGGCGAGGACAUUUUUACAGAGGAUAUCUCUCGCGGAUAUUUCCAAGCGGGAGUUCCAAAAACUUGCCGCGCAGGACCAGCUCGCGCGGUACCUACAGGUGAGGAGGAAACUGAAGGACAUGGACAUUUAUGCAUUGCAAAAGUUGGCUCCUACUCGUAGUCGUACUGAUUAUUGCAAUCUCGCAUGACAAACCUACGUUUAUUUUGCCUGAAUUAGCAUUACAAAUUCCAUUUUUCUUUCUGAUGAAAUUUGUAAUGCCAUUUGUACUAAAAGUAGAUGCUUUUGCAAUGCAUAGCAUUGAAAUCCCCUUCAAAAUGAUUCGCGACGUGGAAACCUACUCCCAGUGGAUGCCCAUGUGCACGGGCGGGCAGAAGUUGCCGGAUAAUGUACCAGCGGGGGCGAAGCCGGCGGUGAAAGUGGCUUUCGGGAUUGAAACCAACACGUUUAUCCUCAGUAAAAACGUUCCCACCUACUUCCCAGAGUUGUCAUGCAGGUUCGGAUCUACAGGAACAUUUGCAAUGCGCAUCAACAUGAUGAGAGGUCGUGUUAUUUUGGCAUAUGUAAUGCUGUAAACUGAGCAGACGGCUUUGUCGUGAUUCACGGCUGUCCUUGCUAUUAACCUACACUGCUACUCGCACCACGGACUGCAACUUGUCAUGCGUGACAACUUCCAAAGCUUCUGAGGUCUGUGUUGCAAACUCUCCAUGUUCUUCUUGACUCUGGCCGAUAAAAAUUGGGGACGUUUUUACCUAGGACAACGCUUUUGGGGGUUUUGGGGGACGAUGUGACGUACGAGAUGGAGGUGUUUGAACCGACGGAAAGCGCAGCAUAUGCAAUACAAAUUUUCCGUACAUGUACAAGAUGCAUCACAAAUUUCACCAAUUUGGAGCGUAAAACUUGUCAUGCUAAACUAGGAUCGAAGCCAAGUUUUGUCAUGCAGAGACCGCAUUUGUACAUGUACGGGAAAUUUACAGUGGAUACAGCAGGUCCAGGAUCUACGACGGUGGAGGCGCGGAUUAUCGCGGACACGGGGGCGCGGGGGUUUGCGUACGGGGAUCGGUUGGUCUACGACUGGAUUUUUAUUUCAAAGGACAACGAAACGGAAGUGUCUCUGAACUUGUUUUUGAAGGUCAAUUCGGUGUUGUACCUGCCGAUUUGGGAUACCAUGCAGGCGGUAUUGACGGAUAAAAUGCUGCAGGCGUUUGAAGAACACGCGAAGAAGAUAAAGUGAGGAUGUGGUUGAUGAUGUGAGAAAGAUUUCAUAUUAUUUUCUCUAAUGUUGGUGUUGCAUGUUGACGUCGUGCGAGUAGCAAGCAAUUACUCGUCGUGACGCACAGCGAGCUAGUAUUCCUAUUCACCGCCCGCGAUGUCGAACAAGAAGACGCUAAAGUGAGAUUGAUUGCGCUUGUGACACCGCAGCUCCAAGUUCGAAUUGUUCUUUGUGUGGUCGUAGAAGUCAAAGAGCACGCACUAACACUCGGCUGCAAAGGUACUAAUGCGUACAGAUGG